UCUGUUGUGGGGAUAAAACGUUCGUAUUGCUACAACGCGACAUCGCUCGAGAGGAGUGGGCAAUGUUUACUUUUGCUUAGUUGUUUACGGUUGAGUCAGUCAGUGUGGAGGGCUGAAUAUUCUACUGCACUGCUACUCCUUCCCUCCUGAACCAUGUCAUUAGCCGACGAACUUCUCAACGACUUCGAGGAUGGAGAAGAGGAGGAGCUGCUGGCCACUGAAUUACAAGCAAGGGAAAAUGGUGCCAAGGAUGCAUUCAGUGACGACUUCAAAGUACCCUUGGCUAAGCCAGUGCUGCGGUCUGUGCGACAAGUGGCCAAGCUGUGGGACUCUCAGAAAUUAAAGGAUAUUAAAGAUCUCAUAGAGAAGUAUGCCUCCAAACUAAGGAAGGCAGAGGAUCUACAAGGGCCUGUAGAAGGAGAUCCAGAGUAUAAGCUUAUAGUUGAAGCAAACAAUAUUAAUGUAGACAUUGAAGAUGAAAUUGGCACCAUACAUAAAUUUGUCAAGGAGAAAUAUGCUAAGAGAUUCCCUGAACUGGAGUCCUUAGUAGUGAACCCUCUUGAGUAUCUUAAUGCAGUACGAGAGUUGGGGAAUGAUGUGGAUAAAAUAAAAAAUAGUGAAGCUCUAGCAAUGAUCCUGACACAGGCAACAAUUAUGGUGGUGAGUGUAACAGCAUCCACUACCCAGGGUACACUGCUCACUGAAGAAGAGCUUGAUGCCAUUGAGGAGGCAUGCAAAAUGGCCCAGGAUCUCAAUACUACCAAGAUUAGAAUUCUUGAGUAUGUGGAAAGCAGAAUGAGCUUCAUUGCUCCAAAUCUUUCUUGUAUAGUGGGAGCAUCGACAGCAGCAAAACUGAUGGGAGCAGCAGGGGGUCUCACUAAUCUGUCCAAAAUGCCAGCAAGUAAUGUUCUACUAAUUGGGAAACAAAAGAAAACAAUGAUUGGAAUGGCACAGACAUCAAUGUUGCCACAUGCAGGCUACAUAUACAACUGUGAAAUUGUGCAAGAGGCUCCUACAGACCUGCGAUCCAAAGCUGCCCGUAUAGUGGCCUGCAAAGCAACUCUUGCAGCCAGAGUGGACAGCAUGCAUGGAAGCCCCAAUGGUGCUCAAGGACUACGCUUCAGGGAGGAAGUGGAGAAGAAAUUGGACAAGCUUCAAGAACCUCCACCAGUGAAAUCCAUCAAGCCUCUCCCUCAGCCCAUUGAUGCUCCUGGAAAGAAACGAGGUGGUCGCAGAGUUCUCAAGAUGAAGGAACGCAUGGCAGUCACAGAUCUUCGCAAGGCUCAAAACAGAAUGAACUUUGGUGAGAUAGAGGAAGAUGCAUAUCAAGAUGACCUUGGUUACACGAGGGGAACCCUUGGGAAGGGUGGUGCUGGACGCAUCCGUAAAAUUACUGUAGAUGAGAAGACAAGGGUGCGUCUAUCCAAGACGCUUCAAAAAGAAGUUCAGAGACAGUCCUUGGGUGGACAGACAACUGUGCGGCGGCAGGUUGCAGGUACAGCCUCCAGUGUGGCCUUUACACCACUGCAGGGCCUGGAGAUUGUCAAUCCCCAAGCUGCCGAGAACAGCAACAGUGCCAAUGGCAACAAAUAUUUCUCUAAUGUGUUGGGCUUCAAAAGAGUCAACAAAUGAAACUGCUGUAAAUAAAAUUGUUUAUUUUAGUUGUGCACUUUACAAUGUACAGUGCUUUUCACAUUACAAAAUGCAGUCAUGGUACAGACAUAUGGCAGUGUGUGUGUGUGUGUGUGUGUGUGUGUGUGUGUGUGUGUGUGUGUGUGUGUGUGUGUGUGCGUGUGUGUGUGCAUGUGAAUCUAAAUAUUUUGUAAAUGAAUCUUGCUCUGGUUACAAAAAUAAAUCUUUCUUUAUUGAAAAUA